CUCUCCUGCUCCUCUACCAUCUACUUCUGUAGUUCUCGUCCUCUGCAUUAAGAACAGUGUGAUUAUGGCAGUGUGGCUCCAGGCUGGUGCUUUGCUGUUCCUGUUGGCUGUCUCUAGUGUCAACGCAAAUGGAGGGGCCCCGCAGCAUCUGUGUGGAUCUCACCUGGUUGAUGCGCUCUAUCUGGUCUGUGGUCCAACAGGCUUCUUCUAUAACCCCAAGAGAGAUGUUGACCCCCUCCUGGGUUUCUUUCCUCCUAAAUCUGGCCUGGAAAAUGAGGUGGCUGACUUUGCAUUUAAAGAUCAUGCUGAGCUUAUAAGGAAGAGAGGCAUUGUGGAGCAGUGUUGCCACAAACCCUGCAGCAUCUUUGAAUUGCAGAAUUACUGCAAUUAAAGAACCUGCACAUAUCUAGUGACAACUGCCAAUGACACCACCUGUUUACAGACAGGUAUCAGCCUUAAAACACUGUUUUUCAUAGAAAAUACAUUUUCAAAUUAAACCAUGAAGUUUUUUCAUUUGUAUCUCUAAAGUGCCUUAAUUUGUAUUAUCCAUCAUUGCAGAAUGAAAAGUGAACAGAAUAAGCAAUUUAAAAAGUGCAGACAUCCCUCAUGCACUGUUUGGUCAUUUCUGACAUAAAUCAAUUUUGUUUCUUCAAUAAAACUGG